AUGUCGUCAUCUGGAUAUAAUUAUGUCAGGAUCUCAACAUGUCGGAUGGCACUUCCAGAGCUCCCUGUGCUGAUCCCAAACUGUUUGGCUUCCCUCAUCGUGGGUGGACAUGAGUCUGUCCCGCACAGCCGACCCUACCAGGUGGCCCUUAUGGACGAACAGAAACGCCAAUACUGUGGUGGUACUUUGGUUAACAAGUGGUGGGUUGUCACCGCUGCGCACUGCUCCCGUGACAGUGGUCCGUGGGUUGGUCUUGGAUAUCAUGCCAUUGAUCAGUACGAUGGUCCAAAUCAGCAGGUUGUUUACGGUAAUUGGAUAAGUCAUAAAGAUUUUGAUGCUGGUACCAUGAAUAACGACAUCGCCCUGAUUCAACUGCACACACCCGUCUCUAUGAACAGCGACGUUCAAGCCAUCAGUAUCAGUUCCAACGAGCCAAAGAAGGGAUUGAAACUACUCGUUAGCGGCUGGGGAAACCUUGACCUAUUAGGUGACAGCGGUGGACCAAUCGUCAGUAACUGCGCCGCGGACUCCCAUCAGGCUGGUGUACUGCUUGAGGGUAUUAUGAGCUGGGGCAGGGGCUGCGCAGAGGCCGCACAUCCUGGAGUCUACACAAAGAUAUCAAACUAUUGUGACUGGAUGAAACAUUUCUCCAACGACGAAAUUGUAUGUGUGUAA